AACAUUCGUUGUGGAUGUGCUGGGCUGCAGGGAUUGCAACAUCGGCACCGUCCUGUUGCUACCACUCAGAUGUGACGUCACAAAUGUCUCACUGCCCGCUUCAGAGGAGCAGCAGGGAGACUCUACAUGUCCAGAGGAACAAGUUGAUCUUCUAUAAGUAAGAGAAUCAACAGCACUGGACUAAUGGAGGAUCUGAGGCAGAAGAUGGGGGUCAUGUCACAGACAAUAUGCCCGAGUUUACGGGCUUCAUCUGACUCGGACUUAAAGGCCCAGAAUAAUGUGAAAGAAGAGAAAAUGCAGAUGAAGAGAGAAAUCUCCCUCAUGAAUGGAAUCUGCCUCAUUGUUGGGAACAUGAUCGGUUCCGGGAUCUUCAUCUCGCCGAAGGGUGUACUGAUACACACUUGCUCUUACGGGCUGUCGUUGGUGAUUUGGGCUGUUGGAGGCAUCUUCUCGGUGUUUGGUGCUUUGUGCUACGCAGAGCUCGGCACCACCAUCACCAAGUCCGGAGCCAGCUACGCCUACAUCAUGGAGUCGUUCGGAGGCUUCCUUGCUUUCAUCCGUCUGUGGACGUCCAUCCUGCUGGUCGAACCGGCCAACCAGGCUGUGAUUUCACUGACCUUCGCCAACUACCUGGUGGAGUCUUUCUACCCCACCUGCCGUCCACCGUACGAUGCUGUCCGGCUUAUCGCUGCAGCCUGCCUCUGUAUGCUCAUCUUCAUUAACUGUGCCUGUGUGAAGUGGGGGACUCUGGUCCAGGACAUUUUCACUUACGCCAAACUCAUGUCGCUCUUCCUCAUCAUCGUUAUAGGAAUAAUGAAAAUAUCUGUCGGAGAGACAAAGAGCUUCGAAAGUUCCUUUGAGGGCUCCUCCACAGACCCUGGAGCCAUAGCUUUGGCCCUCUACUCAGCUCUGUUCUCCUACUCCGGAUGGGAUACACUCAACUUUGUCACUGAGGAGAUUCAGAAUCCAGAGAGGAAUCUGCCCCUGGCCAUUGCCAUCUCCAUGCCCAUCGUGACCAUCAUCUACCUGCUGACCAACGUGGCGUAUUACGUGAUACUGGACAUGCCGUCUCUGCUGGCCAGUGACGCCGUCGCUGUGACAUUUGGGAAUGCAGUCCUGGGGCCGUUCAGGUGGAUCAUCCCUGUUUCAGUGGCCAUGUCCUGCUACGGGGGACUCAAUGCUUCUAUCAUUGCUGCCUCACGGUUGUUUUUCGUAGGAGCCAGAGAGGGCCACCUCCCCAACAGUCUGAGUCUGAUACACCUGCAGCGCUACACACCCAUUCCUGCACUGCUGUUCAAUGGGUUAAUGGGUCUGAUCUUCCUGUGUGUGGAGGACGUGUUCCAGCUCAUCAAUUAUUUCAGCUUCAGUUACUGGUUCUUUGUGGGUCUGUCUGUGGCCGGCCUCAUCUACCUGCGCAUCACUCAGCCAGACAGACACAGGCCUCUGAAGCUGUCCUUGUUCUUCCCCUUCAUCUACUGUCUGUGUAGCCUGUUCUUAGUCAUCGUCCCUCUGUAUGCGGACACCAUCAAUUCUCUUAUAGGAAUUGGGAUUGCACUGUCUGGGGUGCCGGUCUACUAUGUGGCCAUUUACCUGCCUGACGAGAGGAGGCCCAAAUUCAUACGCACGUUAAACGCCUUUGCCACCAGAAACGCCCAGAUGCUGCUCUACUGCUGCCUGACUGAGUUUGACACUGAGGCAGAACCACAAGCCGACGAUAAGACGCAGUGAGCUGCAGACAACCCAUCGCUCAUUCUCUGGCUUUCUGCCGGAGGCCUUGGUCCUGUCCAUAUGCUGACGUUCAUUACUCCCCGAACGCAGAAAAGCAAAGCCUUGCAUGGACCGAGCGCCGAACCACAGGCCUGCAACAACUGUGAGGAAUACUCUCAGGUCAGGUUACAAACAGGCCUGACAUCUCAAAUGACUCACCACGAAGGAGCAGGCACUUAAAGAAACUGUUGCUUUCUUCUGAAAAAUGCAAUAAACGUUUCAUUAGUGAGAAAGAAAUAUCUUCUAUGAGGAGUUGGUAAAACUAUAACAGAAAUAUGGAGCUCACAUUUGUAUUUUUUAGCCGUGUUAUUAGUCUUUCACUUUAAAUGGCUGAUUACAUAUGAACACAACUUUAUAUUAUCACCCUGACUGUAUUUCUGUCAAGAAUGUAUUUUGACUAUUAAUGAAGUUAACACGCAUUAAUCAUGCGUGUGUCAUGGUUUACAGUAUGUAUGAAGAGCCUGUUGCACUGCAGUCUCUUCUCUGAACUGUAACACGUGCACUUCUGUGUUGUGAUUUAACUGCAUCUGUUUUUUUAAAGGAAUACGCAUUGUGCUAAUUUUCAGGUUCAUAUUUGUGUUUUUACCAGAACAUGUUUACAUUCUUUAAUGUUCAAAAAUACUUUUUGUCUCAUACUAUCUGUCUGAAUGUACCUGUAUCCCCCUCUGUCCUAAACGCUCCGUCUUAGCGUCCGUCUCUUUAAGAAUUUCCGGGUCUUUCUGCGUCUCUGCACUUUCACAGCAGUCGGGGAAUUACAGUAAGGGAGUGUAGCGACACUUUAUACUUAUGUAUGUAUAGUUGUGACGGCUCGUUUAAAGGCACAGUUUCUGAAUACGAGCUGAUUUUGAUAAUUUCACAGUAUUUAUAAAGCCCCUAGACCCGUUUGGAAAUUUGAAAAACAUGGAAAUGUUUGAAACUGUCACUACAUCCUGACAGUAGUGCAUGAGACAGAUCAUCUGUAAAUAAAAUCCUGUUCCUCUGCCUCCCCCUAGUGCUCCUAAUGGCAUUUGAAAGAUUUCAAAGAGCCCGAAUGAAAGCAACUAUUCAGAGCCGAGGAGUCUCUCACACAGUCACUGCUGGUGAACUCUGAUCAAACUGUCAACAUGUGCAGCGCUGAUCCAAUAUGAAUCAGGACUCUGUUACAGCGUUGCCUAUUUCUCGCCUCGAAUUUUUUCAGAGACAUAUUUCCGUGUACUGUUUAGCUGUAAAAUUAAAAAUGACAGUUUCAAUAUGACGUAUGACUUAUUUUUAAUAAAGUUACCAACUGCA